AUGGAGAGCAGUGACACCAUCACUGAGGAGGUCUGCAGGGAGGACGACGUUGGGGACGGACAGCUCCUGGAGGUGACGGUGGCCGGGUACCCAGUGCUGCUGGUGAGGAACAGGAGGGAAUUCCGAGCUCUGGGCAGCAAAUGUCCCCACUUCGGUGCCCCACUGAGCAAAGGGGUUUUGAGAGGGGAGAGGCUGCGCUGCCCCUGGCAUGGGGCCUGCUUUAACAUCAGGACUGGAGACAUUGAGGAAUACCCUGCUCUGGACUGCAUCCCCAGCUUUAAGGUAACAGUGGAAGAUGGAAAGGUGUUCAUUACAGCAAAAAGGAAGGACCUGGAAAGCAGCCAGAGGGUGAAGGACACAAGCAGGAGGUGCCUCCUCAACAAGAACACGAUGCUGCUGCUGGGGGGAGGUGUGGCUGCCCUGGUGUGUGCAGAGACUCUUCGCCAGGAGGGGUUCACUGGCAGGAUCAUCAUGGCCACCAAGGAGAAGCACGUUCCCUAUGACAAAUCCAAGCUGAGUAAGGAAAUGGACUUGAAAGCUGAGGAUAUCUACCUGAGGAAACCUGAAUUCCUCCAGGCUCGGGGUAUUGAAUACUGGACAGAGAAAGAGGCAGUGUCUGUGGAUUUCCAGAAGCAGAAGGUUCAUUUCAUGGAUGGCUCCUCUCAGAAGUACCACCAGCUGCUCAUUGCAACAGGCAGCCACUCUGGUUUCCUCAAAGUGCCAGGUGCAGACCUGCAGAACAUCUGCACGCUCCAAACCCCAGAGGAGUCCAGCAAGAUCUUGGAGCUGGCAACUGGGAAGAAUUUGGUGAUCGUGGGAGCCUCAUUCAUAGGGAUGGAGGUGGCUGCCUUCCUCUCAGACAGGGCUGGAACCAUCUCCGUGGUGGAGAGAGAGCCGUUCCCUUUCCAGCACGCCCUGGGUCCUCAGGUUGGAGGCGUUGCCAUGAAGAUGCUGCAAAAUAAAGGGGUGAAGUUCCACAUGAAAACAGAGCUGUGUGAGCUGAAAGGAAAGGAUGGAAAGGUCACAGAGGCUGUCCUUGCCAAUGGAAAGAAGCUCCCUGCAGAUGUGGUGGUGGUGGGGAUAGGUUCAAUCCCCAGCUCAGCUUUCCUGAAGGGCACCUCCAUUGCCAGAGAUGCCAAAGGUGCCAUCCUGGUGGAUCUGCACAUGCAAACCAACAUCCCCAAGGUCUUCGCUGCGGGGGACGUGGUGACAUUCCCAGUGGCACUGCUGGGUGGGGACAGGUCCAGCAUCCACCACCAGCAGGUGGCUGAGGCCCAUGGUCGCUGUGCUGCCCUGAACAUGCUGGGCAGAGGGGAGGAGCUGCACACUGUUCCUUACUUCUGGAGCACCUUGCUUGGGAAGAGCAUCCGCUAUGCAGGCUGUGGGAAGGGAUACACGGACACUGUGGUGAAGGGCAGCCUGGAGCAACAGAAAUUCCUCAUCUUUUACAUCAGGGAUGGCCAUGUGACUGCAGCUGCCAGCCUCAACUGCGACCCCAUGGUGUCCCUGAUUGCAGAAGUGUUGUACUUGGGGAAACAAAUCUCCAAAGAAGAAGCAGAGGCCUGUGACAUUGGCAGCAUCACCUCGCUGGCACAGAGCUGAGUUUGGUGUGUGGCACUCACAACCAAGUGCCAACAGCUCCACACCCUCCCACCCUCGAGCAAUAAAACCAUCAGCAAAGCUGAACCCAGCACCUGCAUUCUGUGCUUGCAGACAGCCUUGUGCUGGGCAAAGCUCAGCAGAGCUCUGUGCUGGGUAAGAGGAGGGUGCCCAUGGCCUGGGGCUCAGCAGCCACCCCUCAUGCACAGAUUCACCAGCCAGAGACACAGCAGCUCCUUCCCUGCCGGCAGGGAGCUCUCAUUUAGCACACCGGUCACGCUGACCUUCUCCUCUGCAAAAACACAUUUUCCCAGCGAGGGGAGCUGUGACCGAGACGAGCUGCUCCUCUCCCAGCAGGGAACGAGGUGGGCUCUGUGCAGGAACUCACAGAGAAUGCCCUGCCCCUAAGGACACAGGGAUGCCACCCGAGCUCAGAGCCAGCAGCACCUGCUGGCAGGGUCACUGCUGUCUGCAAUGUCACAUUCUGGCAGAGAAAUCCCAGAUCCCGCCCUCCCUGCUGUGUCCCUGCAUGCUGGAUGCCUGGAGGGGGCGGCCAGAUGCUAGAGGAAAGAGUUACUGGGUUUUUGCACGGCCAAGGCUGUGCUUUCUACAGGAAGCCUUGCACUUACUCACCAGUCACAUGGGGCUGUGCAGGAGGAAGGGUAAGUCCCAGGAGCUGGGCAAGUUCCCACAGGGACACUCAGUGACAGCCCAAACCCCCUCUGGUUUGAGUGCAGGACAGCCAGAGCCUGGGCCCUCUGCUCAGCAGGUGAGAUCCUGCAGUGCUGCUUUUGUGCUGAACACCCAAACCUGUCCUUUGGCACCUCACAGGAGAAUUUUAACUCAAACACAAUGUUUUACAUUUCCUGGUAUGGCGCUUGUGCUCAGGGCAACUCUCUGCUCUGAAAGAGCCACAAUUUACCCAGGAAAGAGCCAGGUUUCAGCAGCACAGGGUGUUCCUUCAUGCCAGGGGAGGUUUGUAGAUUUGUGAGGCACACGGAGCACACAGCUCCUACACAUCAGAGGAGGGGGAGCACGGCCCAGGAGCUGCUCCUCCCUGCCCUCAGGCACCUUCCACCACCACUUUCUGCCCCUCCAUGCACUCCAGGAUGUGCUGGGCACUGAGCAGGUGCCAGCUGCUCUGCAUGGACUUGCAGCAGAGCAGCUGUGGUGGAAGAGAACUGAUCCAAGGGUGUUCAGCAGUCCCAGCCCCUGUGGGUGAGAACCACCCCAAAGAAAUCCAGCUCCUUGUAGCCAACAGCAAGAACACACCAAGCACAGCAGCUUUAUAGACCCCAGGACAACAGAUUUUAUUCUACUUGUACCACUUAAUGGACACCAGGCCACUUUGUGUGCUUUGCUGGGUGCCAGAGCUUGGGAGCAGCCCUGCCUUGGGCAGGCAGAUGGAGUUGAGAUUGUGCAGACAUUUCAGCACAGGGCUGUUCCUCCGUGCCCGCCCUCGGAGCUGGGAUGAGCUGUGCUCCUCUGGCAGGGUCUGAGCAGCAGGGCCUGGACACUCCCCUGCUCCCAGUCACCCAGGGAGCUGCUGCUCCUGCUCCUUUCUCUCACUGGGGGAAAUCCUGGAGCCCUCAUGGAGCUCCCCUCUCGCUCAGUGCAAGGCAAACUCCUCCAGCUUGGGAGAGCAGCUUCAAAAUUCCCUCCAGGCCAGUCUGGAGCUUGUGUUCACCAACAAACCAGAGCCUGGAGCACAGAGGAGCCCAAUAAAGUGUUCCGGAGUGCUGCUAGCUCCAGAAUACCCAGAGCCCUGGCACUGCUGGGUGUGCCCCCAGGCUGGAGGCUCUGGGAGCAGCGUCCAGAGCUGUGUGUGACUCUGUGUGACUCGCCCUGAGUCACCCUGGCCCAGUGGCCGCGCCCUGACCCGCUC